UCCUGCAGGAUGUUUUAGGAAUGGAUUUUCUCCAGCGUCAUCUGCAUCCUCCCUUCAGCUGCCCAGAUAUGAGUCCGUCUCCAACCGUCCCAACCUCAGAUAUUUUUAAACUCUUUUAUCCCAAACUGCUGGGUCCAGCACCCAUGAUGACAUUCCACGGCAACCCAACAACUGUCAACGAGACCGGCUUCAACUUCGCCGUCACAGGCCACAACUCACUAAAUGUCUCAGGUCAGAUAAGACACAUGAUAGACACGUUCAGGUCUUAUCCAGGUCUGAACUUCCAAGAGGACUGGAAAGUGGUAACAAUGCUGAUCGGCAUGAACGACAUCUGCGAUUACUGUAAAGACAAAAUCCCCAGGACCAUCGUGAACGUGGUGCAGAUUCUUCCCAUGAAGCCUCUCAGAGAGGUUCAGAGACCAACUCUGGGCUGUCAGCUUCAAAAGUUACCUGACCAUUUUCUUCUUUUGGUUUCACCUGUAAUCCAAACCUCUCACACCUCAAGUAAAAAUGCAGGAUCUAAAUACCACCAAAUUAAAUUAAAGGAUAUAAUGUAGAUGUCUAAACUUUCAUUAGAAUGUUUUUAGAUAAUACUUUUAUCACUCAAGCAGUCACUGUUAAUCGGCAGAAUAGGCUUCAUAUUCCCACCAUUAUCAGAUUUAUAGAGUCAUAAACAAGAAUUGGUUGCUGAGCUAGCUAGAUUUGGCUAUGAAAUUUGGUUAGACAAAGAGGCGAUCAAAACGUCGUCAAUAAAAUGUGAAAAAUGAGGUUUAGAUUUAUACCAAUCUAUUAUUUUACCUGGGAAUACUUAAUGUUCCUAUAAUUACUGACUUAAACACAUAUUUAUUCACCUUGAUUUGUUAAGAAUUAACAUAAAAUAUCAGGAAAACUAACAUAAACUAAUUCCUGAUGAUAUACUGUAGUAUGUUAUUUGGUAAAUCAUGUGGUUCGGUGACUAAAAAGGUUUAUGUGCUUUAAAUCAGUGCAUCUGAUAAUCUGUUUGAUAACCUGAUAAUCCAAUAGUGUGAUAAU